AUGAUGUCAGAGGCUGGAAAGGACAAAAGAAUUACAGAUUUAUUCACGGAGGGAUCGCAUCACCGAUCUUUAUCGGUGAUUUCCAUCAAUCAAAACCUCUACGCCAGCAAGGAUCCGACACAAAGAACAAACUGUCAUUAUCUCGUAAUGUUCAAUAAUCCAGUCGACAAACAAUCUAUGAUCACAUUAGCGAGACAGAUGUACCCUGGUAAAACUGAAUACUUUUUAAAGAAGUCUGAGAAAGUAACUAAACAGCCCUAUGACUUUCUAUUGGUGGAUUUAAAACCAUUUACACCGGAACAUGCCAGACUGAAAUAUGAUUUAAUGUGGAUAGACAGAAGGCCUACGAACAACGAAAGCCUGACAGAACUGACCAAUCAGAUGACAGAACCAGGCCAAAAUUGUAUAAAAGGCGAGCAACAAUCAGAUUUAAAUCAUUUGUCAGUCGGAAUUCAAACUGUAGACAUCGCAGGAAAUAAUAGUGAAAUUAUGGCUGAAAAUACGAAUGCUUGCGACGAUUGUGGACUUUUGUUUGACUCUUCGCAUGAUGUACAGAGACAUGUAAAACGAGGGUGGUGUGCAGAAAUUAACAAUACUACGCAACCAAAGAAAAGAAAAAUAGAAGGCAGUGAUGAUGAAAUGGGAGAUAACGUUGAAGAAAAUCAGGCUUAUCUAUCCCUCUGGAAAAAAGCUAUAGACUGUAACGACGAUAAAUACGACAAAUUGUAUAAUCAGUUUAUACAGGACGGAGAGGAAAAGGAGUCUGCAGAGGAAAUGACAGAAGAUCGUAUCCAGCCGUAUAAUGAACGCACAUUCUUCACAAAAUACGAGUAUUUGUUGGAUUCGUAUAUUCUGCCAUUUCAAAACAGUACACUGCAUCAAAAGAUUUUACAAGACAUACAUUCAUUGACAAUGAAGAAUGCAAGCAUUCAAUCGUCAAUUACGCGUGUACUGCGAAAGUACAAGCCUGACUUUAAGGAGCUGUUUGAGACAGAAUUGCCUGACGAGGAAAGUGAUGAAGAAAGCGAGGAGGACGAGUCUGAUAUUGAAUAAAAUACUUAAUGUAUUAACAAUUAUUUCAUUUACAUUGUUGAUUUUGGACAGUGAAGACAUGGCUCAAUGGGAAAACUAUUUAAAAAGGAUUUAUUUUGAUCCGUCGCAUCCUGCGAGUUUCAGCGGACCGCAAAAAGUGUACAAAGCAGUUAAAGGGGAAGGCAAAUUUAAUAUUAGUAUGCACAGGAUAAGAAAGUUUCUUCAUGACCAAGAAUCAUACAGUUUACAUAAACCAGUGCAGGAAAAGACGACCUUUGAAGAAAAGACAUGGUCAGUGCAGGAAAAGACGACCUUUGGAUGGCAGACUUAAUCGAUAUGGUCAAGUUUGCGAAAUGGAACAAAGGAUACAAAUACAUACUGUUAGUUAUCGAUACAUUCAGCAAGUACAUCUGGCUAAGACCUCUCAAACAGAAAACCGGACAUGAUGUGACAGAGGCAUUUAAAGACAUCUUCACAAAUUCAGGCCGUAUGCCAAAGAGAUUGAUAACUGACAAAGGUCAGGAGUUCAGAGCCAAGUCGGUACAAGAUCUAAUGAAGAAAUACAACAGCUUAUACUCGCCAACACAGAAUGAGACAAAGGCGAGCACGAGCGAACGUGCAGUUUUAAGUUUAAAAUCGAGAAUAAUCCGCUACUUAACCUACAAGGACAAUUACACAUUUCUACCAGUUUUAUCAGCCAUUGCAAUGUCAUAUAAUAACACAUACCAUAGAACUAUUGGAAGGACACCUAUCAGUGUUAACUCAGAUAAUGAAGAAGAGGUUCGGCUUGCAACUUACUCACACAGAAUAAAUCGCGCGUAAAGCUAGGGAAACAAACACUCAAAAGGUUCAAGUUUAAAACUGGCGACUAUGUAAGGAUUACGUAUUUGAGAAAUGCGUUUACUCGUGUGUAUGAUCAAACGUACAGUGGAGAAGUGUUCCGAGUUUCAAAAUGUUAUCACAGAGGAACUUUGCCUGUAUACAGGCUGAAUGAUUUGCAAGAUGAAGAAAUUAAAGGAACAUUUUAUCAGAGUGAAUUACAGAAAGUGGCCUAUGAUCCAGACCAGGCAUUUAAAAUAGAACAAAUUCUCAAACUAGAGGCAAAGGACAGAAUACACAAUGCUUUGUGAUAUAAAGAUAUUAUCCUAAAAAGUUCAACAGCUGGGUGAAAGCUAAUGACCUGCAGUGAUUUUUACAUACAUUUUGUAUAUACAGAUUUUGAUUACUAAACAGAAGCUCUUUUGUAUAGCUUGUGUAUUGUAUUGUUUGUCUUGUAAAUAUCUUGUAAAUAAAUUGACAUAAACUAUAUCCAAUCUUGUUAUUUUGAAUGUUUAAACCAUAAAAGGACACUGGCGCGUGCAACCUGUCAAAUAUGAAAGAUAGAAUAACACUUUUUAAACCUCUUUACCCCGUUUACAAAAUAUCCUACAAACUACCCGCCUAUUUAGUUAAUCGCAUUGCCUAGUGAAUAAGGCCAAUUACCCGUAGCAAAACAUUAAACCUAUAUUUAAGUGAAAAAAAAUUAUCGUCUGUUAAAUCUUACCUGUAUCUUGCUGUUGUCUCCUUGACGUCUGUUUGACUAAUGACAAACCGUUUAUACAUACACAUAUUAUCAUAGGUCUUAAUCAAAACAUUUCUUGAUUGGCUAUCUACGUAAACUGCUUUCUGCUGCAGCAAUACUGAAUUAAUUAUGUAACUAUGUCAUAUAAAUAAAUGAUAAAUACACCAAUUAAAAAUAUGUAGAUGCAAAAUUCAAUAUAUAUUUUGUUAAAAUGGGAUCUCAUAGUCAUAUUAAAGAAAGUUUAACUUGUGAAAUGUCUUUAUUUACAUAUUUAUUAAGAGUUUAUUAUGUAUCAAUCAAAUUGGCACUUGCGUAAUAAUGUACCUCUAGUAUGCUUGUUUACCGAUCUGAGGAGUUAUGAACCGUGGACUGUUACUAUAUUUAAAUAGGAAAGUCCAAUAUUUGAUACUAUUAUUAACUUGACACGAUUUCUA